CUCCUCCUCCUAGCGCUCUCGCUCCUCUCCCUCUCCUUCCGCCGCCACCUGUUCCUCCCCCGAGGCCCAUCCCCGUACGCCGCCGACGCGCUCCUCCGCCGGCUCGCCACCACCGACGUCGGCGGGGACCAGGUCGUGGCCGAGGCGGCCGCGCUCUUCGCCAACGCCUCGGUAUCCUCCUUCCCCAGCCUCGGCAACCACCACCGCCUCCUCUACCUCCGCCUCCCUUACCACAGCAACACCACCUCCGCCCCGCGGCAGCGGGUCGUCUCCCGCCUCCGCGUCCCCUUCGACACGCUCCCCAGCGACGAGUCCCUCCUCGCCGCCUUCCGCGCCUCCCUCCGCUCCUUCCACCUCGCGCACCGUCGCCGCCGGGGCGGCGAUGUCGCCGGCGUCAUGGGCGAACUCGCGGGCCAACUCGGCCGCCCGCGGCGCUUCCCCACCUGCGCCGUCGUGGGGAACAGCGGCAUCCUCCUCGGCUCCGGCCGGGGCGCGCAGAUCGACGCGCACGACCUCGUCAUCCGCCUCAACAACGCCCGCGUCGCGGGAUACGCCGCCGACGUCGGCACCAAGACCUCCAUCUCCUUCGUCAACUCCAACAUCCUCCACUACUGCGCCGUCCGCUCUGCAAUCACCACCCCCGGCUGCUCCUGCCACCCCUACGGCCGCACGGUCCCCAUGGCCAUGUACGUCUGCCAGCCGGCGCACCUCCUCGACGCGCUCAUCUGCAACGCCACCGCCACGCCGGCGUCCCCGUUCCCGCUGCUCGUCACCGACGCGCGCCUCGACGCGCUGUGCGCGCGCAUCGCCAAGUACUACUCGAUGCGGCGGCUCGUCUCCACGACUGGGGAGCCGCCGGGCAACUGGACGCGGAGGCACGACGAGAGGUACUUCCACUACUCCUCGGGGCUGCAGGCGGUGGUGAUGGCCCUGGGGGCCUGCGACGAGGUGAGCCUGUUCGGGUUCGGGAAGGCGGUGGGAGCCAAGCACCAUUACCACACCAACCAGAAGAAGGAGCUCGACCUGCACGACUACGAGGCCGAGUACCAGUUCUACCGCGACCUCCAGGCGCGGCCGGAGGCUGUGCCAUUCCUCGACGAGGCACCGGGCUUCAAGAUGCCGCCAGUGAAGCUCUACUGGUGACCGGUGAGGUCAGUAACCUGUAAUUGUUAGCUAGUGUAAUGUGUUUGUUGUACAAUUUUUAUAAUUUGACUGAUAGGGGUGUUUAGGCACAGAGAAAUGUGUAGAUUAUGUCAAUUCAAAGGGAAGGAGAGAAUGUCUAGAUGUUUCAGAUUGAGGACCAUGUGAGGAAGAGGGGGGAAAUGUAGCUCAAUUUUGUGUUGAUCAAGAAGAAUUGAUCAAAUUGGUGGUAACAGUUCUUGUUCAUGUAUUUGGUACACCACAAUUGUAUACUUGAUUGGACAUCGAGGAAAAUGUAAAUUAAGCGCAAUGGAAAUGUACUGAAUCUGGUGUUAACUAUCUGAAAAUGUGUAUGAAAAAAUAUUUGCUACAA